AUGGCGAGUCUGAGGGCCAUCAAGAGGUUCGACGACAAGUACGGUGACGCUGGUGCCAAGCGGCAGCGGAAGGCUGGUCUUGGUUUCGGAGGCAGCCCCGAGGUGACUGAUGCUGAUGUACCCCGUGCGCCUCUCGAAAUCAAAGAGGUCCCCUACCCAACGCCAGGCGAGAACGAAAUCGUAGUCAGGAACCGCGCUGCAGCUAUCAACCCUGUCGAUUGGUUCCAGCAGGAGAAGGGCCCGGAAGCCAUCCCAUUCCUGAAGUACCCGGCCAUCCUGGGCUAUGACAUCGCCGGCGAGGUCGAGGCCCUAGGUUCCGGCGUGACCAAGUUCAAAGUCGGCGACAGGGUGGCCGGCCUCGUGAACCAGGGGUUCCAGGAGCACGUGCUGCUGUCGGAGCACAUGGCGGUGCCCAUCCCCAGCUCCGUCACUUUCGAGCAGGCGGCCGCGCUCCCAAUGGGUGUCUCUGUCGCGACCAAGGCUCUCUUCCACAAGGACUUCCUGGCCUUGGACCUGCCGUCCGCGUCCCCGAGCCCGAAGCAGGAGACGGUCCUGAUCUGGGGCGGCUCGACCAGCGUCGGCUCGAAUGUGAUCCAGCUGGCGGUUGCCGCUGGGUAUGAGGUGAUCACAACGGCCUCUCCGCGUCGGUUCGAGUACGUCAAGGGGCUUGGAGCGUCCCAGGUGUUUGACUAUGAUAGUCCCACCGUGAAAGAAGAUCUAGUUGCCGCUUUCAAGGGCAAGAAGGUGGCUGGGGCCAUUGCCAACGGCGGAGUGGACUUUUCCACGUUUCCAGGGAUCGUGGAAGCUUGUGCGGCCGCCGUGUUGAGCACAGAGGGCAGCAAGUUUGUGGCCCUGACAAUGGUUCCGGCGUUCCCAGUACCUGAGGGCAUCGAGACCAAAUUCGUGGUGGAGCUAAGGCCUGACGUGGAGCUUGCUUCGGCUGUCUUGCACGACUUCCUGCCCGGGGCACUCGCCGAUGGAAGACCCAAGCUCAAUCUCAAGCUCAAGCUCUCAAACCCGACCGCGCGCGCCAAACAGGAAGAUAUGGUUGCCGAUGACGGCCGUGGCAUGUCCAACGCGCGCGGGGAGGGCACGUCGCCCAGGGAGGAGCGGUCGAAGUCUGCGUGGGCGGGGCCUUUGUCCUUGGAGCUGCUGGGAUCCGGGCGGUUCGGCGAUGUUCUCCGACCCGGUCACGACGUCGUCGGACCCCUCGGCCGAGGUGCCAACGGGCACCUCAGCCAAAUUCACCUCCUUGCCAUCGUCGUUGCCAUCAUCACUGAGGGCCAUGACUGUGGGGACCUGCGGGACCUCUUGCUUGGGCGCCGCCUUGGUCUUGAUGGCGUAGCAGUCGGCGCCGGCGCCGCUGAAGGGCAGAAUCUUACCAUCAGUUGGGAAUAA